AUGCAGCCCCAGCCCUCCUACCAGCCCCGGCCAGACUCACGCGGCCCACAGGCGCUGUAUGCACGGAUCCCCGAGCCCCAAGCGAACGGCUGGAACCCCGCCGUGUAUGACCAGCCCGGAUACAACGCCUACCCCGCCCCUGCGGCUGCGUACGCGCCUGGCCAGGAAGGCGGGUACCCGCCGACGCAAGGUCCUCAGUCCAUGGGCCAGCCCCAGGCCCCGUAUGGUGACCCGAGCCUCACCCCGGCGCCAUAUGGUGCUCCCCAGCAGCAGCAGCAGCAACAGCAGGCGGCUCCGGGAGGGUACCCUCAGCAGCCGUACCCCGCGCAGAACAGGAUGUCGUAUUUCCCGCAGCAGGCCGAGCACGCGCCGAGCCCCUACGGACCUUCACAGCAACCACAGCCCCUGGCACAAGCCCAGCCCCAGCCCCAGCCCCAGCAGCAGGUGGAGCCGCCACGCGAGGCCCAGGGCCCACCGUACACGUUCGAUCCGAAAGCGACGUACCCGGAUCCGAACGCGCAGGCGUGGGCGCAGUACUACGCGCAGGGCGGGACGGACCCCACGGGCGCGGUGUAUUUCUUUGCGGUCCCUGGAAUCACGGACAGGACGCCCGUCGACGCACAGUCUCCUCAGGCCCAGGCUCAGGCUCAGGUUCAGGGCCAACCGCAGAGCCAGAGUCAGCAGGACGCCGCCGCGGGGUACCAGCAGCCGUACGCUCAGGUCCAGCAGCAGUCGCCCGGGGCGGGCGUCGUCUCCUCGACGUCUGGCCUUGCGCAUUCCCCGCAGAGCGCGCACCCGCAGACCGCGUUCGUCCAGGCGAUCCAGCAACAGCAACAACAGCCUUCUCAACCGCCGCAAGCGCAGCUUCAGCACCAGCCCCAGGCGCAAUCGCAACCGCAACCGCAACCGCAACCGCAACCGCAACUGCAGGACGGACCGCAGCGCCAGGCGUCUGCGAGCUCGCUCCCGAGCCCGGGGGCGUAUGCGCACGAGCUGCCGACCCCCUACGGUGCCGCCGCCCCCGUCGGACCGCAGAGGCAGGGCUCGCUGGGCACGGCGUAUGCGCCGCAGAGCCCUGGCGCCGCGGCGGGUGCCGGGCUUGGUCCUGGUGUCGGUCCAGCGGCAGAGUGGGCGAACCAGUAUUACGGGCUGCAGAGCCAGUUCGCGGGGAUGAGCGUGAGCGGGCAGGGACAGGGGGGCGAGCACGGUGGCCAGUCGCAGGCGCAGGUGCCGGCUCAGCCGCCGGUGGGCGCGUGA